AUGUCUCAAGAAGAAAACGUACAGUCUUCAACAGAUAUUCAUACUACUACUACUGCUACUAAUAAAGAUAAUAAUAAUAAUAAUAAUAAUAAUAAUAAUAAUAAUAAUAAUAAUAAUAAAGAUAGUGAUGAUCUCAGUUCCUCUUCUCCUUAUGCAUUGCAGUUUGAAGAAGCCUGGAAAAGAUACCGCAGCCACUCUCAGUCACUACGGCUGGAGAAUAUACCCAAAGUAGAUCUCCAUUGUCAUUUGAAUGGAAGUAUUAGCCCCGCACUGGUAGAACACAUGUCCCGUUUACAAAAACAACAACAACAAGUACUAAAAGAAAAAGAAGAAGAAGAAAAGAAAAAAGAAAAAGAAGAAAAUCAAAAUUGUGAAAAGGAGAUCAAUACAGAGAUGAGUUCGGCAUCAUUUAAAGGAAGUCAUCUCCAUCAUGCAGAUAGUAUAUUAAAUCAAUUUCAAAACCCUGCAGAUCGUAUGAAGUAUUGUUUUACUGUAUUUGAUAAUAUUUAUAAAAUCAUGACCAAUCUUGCCUUUACACGUAUGGCUGUGCAGGAUUUACUUUUUUAUUCCGCAGCUGAGAAUGUGUUUAUAUUAGAAAUACGUACUUCUUUACGGGAUGGACUUUACAAAACUCUACGAGCUGCUGAAGAGAAAAUAACAUCAGAGAGUAUUUCAAAGAAAAUGUAUUUGGAGACGAUUAUUUAUACAGUGGAACAUCUCAUCAAAGGUGGAGUUGUGGACUUUGAAACCGGUGAACUUGUGCCUAUUGGGAGACCUUUACCAACAGGAUGGUGGGAUUACUUUAAAAACUUGUAUGGUUCACUUGUUUCCACUACUAAUGUAGAUGUGAACCCUAUGGAAAGAAAAGAAGAAGAAAAGAGGAUGAAGUUAUUAUGGGAAAAUAUUCGUAAACAUUUAAUGUAUCGUAUGCAUAUUCGUCUUCUUGUUUCUAUCAAUAGAGGACACAGUGUGGAGGCGGCGAUGGAGGCUGUUGUGUUAGCAAAGGAAAUACAGCGGGAACAGUUAGAUCGCUUCUUCUCUUCUCUUCACACUAACACUAUAUCUACACAGUGGGAGAAUAAUAGUAAUAGUAAUAGUGAUAGUGAUAAUAGUGAUAAUCAAUGGAGAGAGGUUUUAUUACGAAAUAUGAUUCGUCAUGUCUGUUGGUUGACUGGUAUAGAUUUCUCUGGUAAUUGUUACAAGAAUAACUUUACAGAGUUUCUCCCUGCACUUACACUAGUUCGACAAAAUAAUAAUAAUAAUAAUAAUAAUAAUAAUAGUAAUGGGAAUAUUGGUUUACCGUACGCUUCACUUGGUAUUACUUUACAUGCGGGAGAAAAAGAAGAUGCGGCGGAGUUAACAGCGAUGAUUACAUUUGCCCCAGAACGUUGGGGUCAUCUUGUCUUUACAGACACUAAUAAUAUCUCUAUUAUUAUUAAACAACAUGAUGCUAUUGAACUCUGUAUUACCAGUAAUGCUCUUACAGGAGGCUACUCCGAUGUGGAGGAUCAUCACAUUGGGGAUAUUUUAAAAAAACAAGAAGAAGAAUAUUCGGAGAAUGUACAAAAGAAGAAAAAUAAUAAGAAUAAGAAUAAAAAUAAUAAUAAGAAUAAUAAUAACUCCAUUAUGUUAAUAGAAUUAUUAACAAAAGCAGAGGACGCUGCGGUGGCUAUGCGAUAUCGUGAAGAAAGACGAUUUGCUCGCUGGAAAAAACCCUCAACGCUCAUCUCUACAGAAAGUAAAGAUGAGAAGGAAAAAGAAAAAGAAAAAAAAGACGGUACUUUUAUUCCCAAUGUCUCUUUCCACACAGACGAUCGCGGUGUAUUUGGCACUUCCGUAACGGAUGAGUUGAAAUUAUUAUUACAACACGGCAGUCUGAAGAGUGAGAGUAGAGAGGCGGAGUUGCAAGUAAAGGCCAUAUGGACAUUGCAGAGACUUUCACUCCCGCAUGUGUUUGAAAUUCCAUUGGAAGUGAUUUAUUAUUAUUAUUAUUGUUAUUCUCAUUGCAUGCGAUCUAAGGAAGGAAAUAAUAAUAAUAAUAAUAAUAAUAAUAAUAAUAAUAAUAAUAGUGAUAGUGGUAGUAGAGAGAGUAUAAAGUAUACAGCGGAGGUGGAGGCGUUAGAUGAAAACGCACGGGUGGAGUUAAGUCGUAUCGAACUCUCUUGGCUGCUAAAGGAUUUUGACAGUUUUUGCUCAUCAUGCUGA